GCUCCUGCCCGCACUGGGGCUCUGCCCGGCGCUCUGUGCCGCAGGCAGCAGCCAUGGGGGUGCCGGGGGGGCCCCUCCCUGGGGUUCACACUGCUGUCUAGGGGGGCUCCAUGCCUGCCCCCCGUCCGGUCCAUCAUGCCAUUGCUGGAUUUCUUCUGGGCUUGCUUCAAAAGAGCCAAGCGCUUCACUUCACUAGAAGAUAAAGAUGCAGAAACUGAAGCCAAGAAAGCUUGUGACUGGCUGCGAGCGGCGGGGUUCCCCCAGUAUGCCCAGCUUUAUGAAGACUCACUAUUCCCUCUCGACAUCAGUGCUGUGAAGAAGGACCACAGCUUCCUGGACCAGGACUCCCUCAAAUCCCUGUGCAGGAGGCUGAUGACCCUAAACACAUGUGCCUCCAUGAAGCUGGAAGUUCACUUUCAGCGUAAACAGAAUGAAGACUCUGAGGAAGAAGACCUGUGUGCCAUCAGCAACCGGUGGGCUUUUCAGAGGGACAGCAAGAGAUGGUCCCGGGUAGGCUCUGUCGAUGUCCUCUCGCAGGGCUCCGAGGUGCUGAGCUCUGCCAUGCGGCUGGCAUCCAGCCACGAGAGUGUCCUCACGGACCUCAGCACCAACCCGGAGGCUGUGUCCCUGCACAGCAGCAGCAGCACCGGCGGCACACUGGGCACUGGGGCUGUGCUGCCUGAACCCCCAUCCCCAGUCCAUGCUGCCACCACCCUUGCCACCUCCAGCCGCAGCCUGAGCGAGCGCUCCUUGCCCGAGCAGCCCUCGAGCCAUGGUGAGGGUUCCAAGGAGAAGGUGAAGAAGCGACGUUCUCGCAGCUUCCUGAAGAGGAUCGAGUCCCUCCGAAGGAAGGACAAAGAGAAAGCCAGCCCAGACGAGACGGUGGCUCCACACAGCAGCAUCACAGCUGCACCAGGAUGGGGCUCCAUGAAGAGUAAUGGGGACAUUGCAGCCACCAAAGCCAACUCCUCUAAAAGAGGGAUGUGUUCCUCUUUCCAUGGCAAAAAACGCUUCUUCUCUGUAUCGUACAGGACUAACCGCUUGCUUGGCUCAGGUGGGAGCAAGGUGAGCUCUGACCCAAAACGGAGUGGAGUCUAUUUGGAGGACUAUGAAAUGGCUGUGACAGCCAACAGCAACUGGACUGCUGGAGAAUGCCAGCAGCGGCAGGCACUGCGGGGGAACUGCCUGGUUUACAUCCCCCAGGACCACAAGCCAGGCACGUUCCCCAAAUCCCUCUCCAUUGAGAGCUUGUGUCCCUUGGGCGGCAGCUCCCUGACCCACUGGAAACACGGGAAUGUGCCCUUUGGGGUGGUGGGAGGUGGCAGGGGUGGCAGCAGCAGCAGCAUGGAAGGCACAUCCUCCCCGAGGGGCUUUGCCUGCCACCGGCAGCGCGGCUCCUGCAGCUCCCUGGGCAGCAGGCUCAGUGUGUAUGACAACGUGCCGGAGUUCGGCAGCAGCGAGGAUCUCUGUAAGGAGGAUGGGGAGGUGACCUAUGAGAAUCUCGACGACAUAUUACAGCACAUGUGGGGGCUGCAGCAGAAGGUGGAGCUCUGGUACAAAGCCAUCUCCCCUGACCUGGCUGGGGAGGCAGAGGGUGAGGAGGAGGAUGAGGAGUUGGACUCAGGAGGGGAACCCUCCAACCUGCACUUCGAAGAGCGGUCCAUGUCGGAUGUUGGCACCUCUGCCAGUGACUUUGAUAGCACGGGCAACUCCCUCAAUGAGGCUGAAGAGAUCGAGAUGCGGGAGCGCCGGGACUCGGGGGUGGGAGCAUCACUCACCAGGCCUUGCAGGAAGCUGCGCUGGCACAGUUUCCAGAACUCACACCGGCCCAGCCUGAACUCUGCCUCCCUGGAGAUCAACCGCCAGUCCUCUGCUCAGCUCAACCUGCUCCAGAAGUGCUCCCUGCUCCGUCUCACUGCCAUCAUGGAGAAGUACUCUGUGCCCCACAAACAAGCCUGGACAUGGACUGUGCCCAAGUUCAUGAAGCGGAGUAAAGUCCCCAGCUACAGAGAUAAGAUGGUCUUUGGGGUGCCACCCAUCAUCAAUGUGCAGCGGACGGGGCAGCCCCUGCCACAGAGCAUCCAGCAGGCAAUGCGCUACAUCCGCAGCCAGUGCCUGGACCAGGUUGGCAUUUUCCGGAAGUCAGGGGUGAAGUCCCGGAUUCAGGCUCUCCGGCACAUGAAUGAAACCAGCCCUGACCACGUCAACUACGAUGGGCAGUCAGCGUACGACGUGGCUGACCUGCUGAAGCAGUACUUCCGUGACCUGCCAGAGCCCAUCUUCACCAGCAAGCUGACGGAGACCUUCCUGCAGAUCUACCAGUUCGUGUCGAAGGAGCAGCGGCUGCAGGCGGUGCAGGCGGCUGUUAUCCUCAUGCCCGAUGAGAACCGGGAGGUGCUGCAGACCCUCCUCUACUUCCUGAGCGACAUUGCCUCUGCGGAGGAGAACCAGAUGACCGCUGGGAACCUGGCCGUGUGCCUCGCUCCCUCCAUCUUCCACCUCAACGUGUCCAAGAAGGAAAGCACCUCCCCAAGGGCGAUCCACAAGAGGGGCACCAUGGGGAAGCCUGACCAGAAGGACCUCAAUGAGAACAUGGCUGCAACACAGGGACUCUCCCACAUGAUCACUGACUGCAAGAAGCUCUUCCAGGUCUCCCAUGACAUCUUACUGCAGCUGAGCAGCUCCUAUAUGGCAGCAGAUGCUUACCCACAUCCCCUGACUGACUUUGUGUGUCAGGGGAAAAGCAAGGAUUUACACUCCUUCUUUGAGCAGAGUGUGCAGAACCUGCUCAAAGAGUCAUCAGAGAAAUUCAAGGGGUGGCUGAGCACCCCAGGGCCCCUGAACACGGAGCUCUCCUGCAAGAAGGUUGGGGACGGGCACCCUCUGCGCUUGUGGAAGGUCUCCACGGACAUCGAGGCCCCUCCUGCCACAGUGCUGCACCGGGUGCUCCGGGAACGUCACCUCUGGGAUGAGGAUCUGCUGCAGAGCAAAGUGGUGGAAGCCCUGGACAAGAACAUGGAAGUCUACCACUACGUGACAGACAGCAUGGCACCCCAUCCGCACAGGGACUGCAUGGUGCUCCGGCGCUGGUGCACGGACCUGCCGCGGGGCACCUGCCUGCUCAUCUCCAUCUCGGUGGAGCACGACAAGCUGCCGGUGGAGGGAGGUGUCAAAGCCAUCGUGCUGACAUCCCAGUACCUCAUUGAGCCCAGUGCCAUGGGCCGCUCCAGGGUGACCCACAUCUGCAGAGCUGACCUCAGGGGCCGGUCUCCCGAGUGGUACAACAAGGUCUUUGGCCACCUCUGUGCCAUGGAGCUGGUGAGGAUCCGAGACUCCUUUCCAGUCCUGAGUGCCAGCGGCCCCGAGACGAAGAUCUGAGGCACCAGGAAGAUGCUCUGUCUUGUGUGAUGUGGACUUGCCAGUGGAUCUGUGCUGGGGCUCACAGAGGGAGCAUGGGAUGGGCAGCCAGAGGUUGGCACGCUCAUGGGCACAUAUUUAUAAGCGUUCUUUUAUCCUGUGCUGGGCAUUCCCCAUCCCACUGUCCUGCUGCUGCUUUGGGUGCCCCUCAAGCAGAGAUGAAGCUGUGCGGCCCAUGGUCUCCACAGGAAUGGUUGGUGAGCAAAGGGCAAAAGAGGGGCUGUGGCAGAUCCGUGGCCAGGGCUGGUGAGCCAGGAGCAGCCACAGUGGUGAAGGUGUAUGGAACAAAGCAUAAGUGAGCGGGGAGGACGGUGCCGCAUCCGUAGGUCGCAGUGCUGUGUUGGGAAGUGAAGGGAGGGCGGCGAGGGGUGGGUUGUGUGUGUGGUGUCACCCGGUGGGACAGCCAGGGAGUCACUGUGAGAACCUGUUUGGUAGUGGAAGAGGCUGCUGUGCUAGGAGGAGGUAUAGAGGUACACCUCAAGGGCCAGCCCUUGAGUGCAGAAGGAACCUAUUGCACCUUUGGUGCUGAAUUUAAUAGAAGAUGGCAAAGUGUUUUAGUCCUGUGCUUUGCUCUUACACAGCUGAAAGUCUUCCCUUGUGCACUAGGCUUCAAUGGGACUGCAUGGAUUACAUUCCAAGCUAGUCUAUCCUUUGAAGCCAGCCUACCUGUUUGGAGAGGGCAGAAUAUCUCUAGAGCAGCAGAACUGCUGCCCCUAUAAUUGGCUGCAGGCUGGGAAGGGGCAAUGUCCCCUCCAAACUACAAGGAGGCAUGAGGAGCAGGAGGAAGCCGAGCAGCUGUAGCAGCACCCCAAAGGCUUUGACCAGGGCAGCAUGAGCAUACUGAAGGGCUGUGCUCAUCCCAGCUAACAAGGGGACAAUACGUGCAAAGCAUGGGCCAAACAUGCACCAGGCUCUGUCCUGUCCUCACUGCUGCAGUAAAGUGAGGUGGCAGCCAGGAGCUGGUGAUGUUCUGGACUGACCCUUCUUUGGACAGCUAUAGGUGGCAGAGCCCAUUGCCCCUCCUGGGUGCUGAGCCAUCUCCCUACUCCUGCUCCUUGCAGUGACAACUGUUCCCCUUCCUUUCCUCCAUGGAGGAACUGGCCACCAGAGCUAACAGCACCCAGGAGCUGACCUGGUUUCUCCAUUCAGGCAGGGACCGAAGUUACCAGACAUCGUUCCAACUGGAAGGCAACAUGACCCACGCACGGGAGCGAUUCCCGGUGUCAGUUUUGAUGUAACACAUCCUAUCUGUCUCUCUUUUGGUGAAACAAACAAAUAACUGGGCCUCUAGUCUAUGUUUUUAUAUAUACAUAUAUAUAUAUAAAUUAUAUAUAUGUAUAUAUAAAAAUAACUAACAUUUGGAGGAAUGAUUUUUCUCCUAAUAUUUUUAGGAUUUUUUUUCUAUCUAUAAAUACUUGUACAGUUGGAAUAUUAAUAUAUAACUACAGCAGUAGAGCUCAGCGCCAGGUGAUGCUCACUUAAAAGACGUGUAUUUUGUAUUUAAAGGACUGUUGUUUUGUAUCAUAUGCAACUGCAGCAGAUUGGUUGACUUGGAUGGGGACUGCUCUUCCCAUCCGUGUAAUUAAUAAAGUACUAACAGUC